AUGCCGGCGAAACGUUUGGGAAUGUACCACGUCUACGGUUCAACUUUGGAAAUGAUCAUGCAGACUAUGGACCCCGGACUAGUUCAUCGGAGUAAAGACAAUGAUUGUCAACCCAUCAAACUCACUGGCCAACUUCCAAUUGUGCCCACGGCGCCUGGCCCACUUGCUGACGACUUGCGCACCGUCUCAAUUCGUCUUCUUGGAGCGUUUGUUCGAGUUGAGGGUACGGUACUUAGUCAGAUUAUUCGGCGUGGCAUCGAGGCCAGAGAUUGGUUGAAUAACCUAGAGCCAAGGUCUGUGAGAAGUGUUUUCAAGCGUGUUCUUGAAUUUCUCAAUCGGCUCGAUUUGCAGGUGAGUCCAAUUUUUUCCUUUUUCCCGCUUAAUUUGAUGUUGGUACUUUUUUAUACAUUUUUUUGA